AUGAUGCUGCUUCUAUAUCUGUUGGGCAGCUUUGCAGAGAUAAUGGAGCAGUGCAAGCCCAUUGAUGAAGGAUAUGCCCUUACCAAGUACUUUACCCAAUGGUGCCCUUCAUGCCAAAGCAUAGCACCUGUUAUUGAGGAGAUCAGUAACAAGAUAGAUAGACAUGGGGCAAACCUAAAGAUUAGAAGUGCUGAUUGCGACAAAUGUUCUUGUCCAAACAUCAAGAGUUACCCAACACUCGAGCUAUCUAAGGAUGGGGAGGUCUUGGGGAGACUGGAGGGAGGACAUGGCUAUGAUGCAAUAGUUGAAUUUAUUAUGCGACAUACCGGAAUUGAAAAGAGUGUGUUUGAUGGGCAUAGUGCACAGAAGGAGGCAACGGUUAGGAAGCUGACUAAGAGCGACUUCCUAAGCGGAUUUGACGGGCCUUAUGUAGUUCUGUUUUACUCCAGAGAGGAUGACAAGUACAGAGAGAUAUUUAAAGAGCUUGCGAAGAUAUAUGAUGGGAAGCUGAACAUCGGAGAGAUUGACAGUGCUGAAUCUGCAGAGUUUGUUAACAGAUACGACAUUAGAUCGUAUCCUUCGAUAUCCGGGAUCUUCAAUGGACUGGUGGUACCUUUUAUUGAGAAGGAGAGGGAGCCUAGUGUGCUUAGCUUAAUUGAAUUCUGCGACAAGCUCAUUGAGCCAUCAUUCAGCAAUCUAACUUUUGAAAAGUUCAAUGAUCUAGCAUCCAAUCUUGAACCCGGAGAGCCUAUUUAUGUUGUGUUCCACAAGAACGUUGCUUUAGCCAAUGCAUAUUUCCAGAGGAUGGCACAUAUGUACAAGUUUAGGGCUCGUAUAUAUAGAUCUGAUGACCAAGCCUUGUUUGAAAAGGCAUCUAUAUUCCCUAAGGCCCUGGGUACUGGAUCCGAUGCAUCCACCAGUCCAAACCAUGAGGAUGUUGUGGUCCUUUCCGUGUACAAGAAUGGGAUCUUCUACAGAUACACGGAUACCUUUGGAGAUGAAGUAAAGAUAACAGACUGGAUAUUCCAUACACACUACAAGUACUUGACAAAGGUCGACAAUCGCAACUUCUACUCCAUAUUCCAUGGACUUAAGCCGGUGAUGAUACUUCUAACAAGGGGAGAAGAGUUUGUAGGAAAGAUGAAUGAGUUUAGCACAGAUAGACACUUAGGAGUUCCAUACACAGACAUGAUAUUUGCUACCAUGGAGAUUGAUGAAUAUCCGCUGUUCAUUCCAACACUACUCCCGAAGCUAUCUACACCAGCAUUGAUCGUAUUUGAGCCCUGGGCAAACCUAUUCCGUCACAAGAAGGUUAAGCUUACAGAGGACAACUUUAUUUCUGCAGCAAUGGACACCUACGCCUUAUAUCAGAAAAACAGCCUUCCUCUCUAUCCACCAAACUCCCGUAGUCUUCUUAAAUACAGUGUGUUCGGUGUGUUGGCCCUUGGCAUUGGGCUUUACUGUUCUUCCAAGACAAGUUUUGCAAAGAAGAACAAAUAA